AUGUUUAAGGUAUUAUCUACCUUCAAGUCCUUUUUACUGGGCCACAACCAACAGCUGGAGAAUGGCCAGCGACAGCAGCAAGAUCCUGAAGACCACCAGAAUCAACAGAACGACAAAGAUGUAGCUAAGAGAACUGUCAGUAUAGCGAACAUGAUUUUGAAAAAUCCUCAAUUUCACCCUCAAAAUGUAAACACACAAGAUAGAUCGAAUGAUCCCAUAAAAAAUACACCAGUAAGAUCACAAAAUCAACACAGAACGAAUGGGAAUGCCUCAGAAACUAUAUUGGUUUCAAGCCCCUUCAAAAACUCCACCUCAAAAUCAGCAUUCAAACAAUCCGCUAAACUACAUUCUUCUUCCGGUGUGAUAAAACCUAGCCCAAAUUCACCUUGGAAGCCUAAGGGAUUCCAACCAAGCAAGAAAAUAUCAGACAAAGAGACAAAAACUUCGGUAUCACCUUGGAAAAGCAAAAACUUGGAUUCAAUCGUUGCAUCCAACAAACCAUCGCCGGUUUCAUCUAAAAAACCGGUAUCUAUAUCCCCUUGGAGAAUGAAGCUGAAUGGAAAAGAUUCUCCAAGUAAAACACCUAAUGUCAGUACAACAAGAAUAUCAAAUAUUCGUCAAGUUCCAACUAGUUCUGGAAGUACACCACAAAAACAACUUGAUGCACCAGAAAUAAAGGUCAAUGCUCAGCCUAACGCAUUAGAGCCAAGUUCAAACACAGAAACAUCGACGCACAUCUCAAACAAAUUGACUGGAACAACAGUAUCUGAUAAGCUUCAAGAUUUGAAUGGGCCAAAGUCCAAAUCUCCAUGGAAAACGAAAGUUCUCCCAUCCUCUUCAAUCCUGAAGGAUGCCCCUCACAAGUCCAACUCACCUUGGAAACAGAAAAUUAAACCCAUAGAGUCACCACGGGAAGCCAUUAGAGUGUCACUGGAACCUCUCAAAGAAAAAGUGAAAUCUUCCCCUUGGAAGCAAUCCGUGAAUACGACUCAAAAAGAAAUCGCCACGACUCACAAGACAAAACUGGGAAAUACCUUGGAAUCAUUAUUGAGGGAGGCUGCAAGUCCAGUAUCCAACUCACCUUGGGCUGUUAGAUCCAAAUCUACCGAGAGAGGCAAAGAAUCAAGUUCAAAGAACGAGGAAGUAACAAGGUCCAACACAGAAGUGAUAUCUCCAAACUCCGAAACUCCAAAUCAAACACCAAGUAAGCCACCGACUGAUCCUGCGAGACACCAGACUUAUGUCCCAAGUAAAGAAUCGAGCAAAGUUAAUCUCGAUGCACCCGACAAGGUUCAAGGCGAGACACCCAAGGAGACAAAUCCACAAACUUCCAAACCAGAUACCGAGAUGGUACCGUCGUCUGUCUUAUCUACGUUCCAGAAUCCUCUGAAUCGGUCAAAAAAGUCAUCCUCACCACGAUUUGCACAAGAAUUAGUUUUCAUUCCCUUUGAACAAAAUAAAUCAACGUCAGCAUUCGCUAAGAAAAGAAAAGCGCCUCAACCUGCUCCUCCGAAUAAGAAAUCAAAAGCUCUGCCAUCCCCAGUGGUACAAGCGGAAGUAUUCAAAACGACUAGGCUACCCGACGAAUCAAUAGAAAUGAAUCUACAAUCAGAGGCUUCGAGAAAUGAGUAUUCAACACAAGUCAGGAGAUCAUGGAAGUCGAAUAUAAGAGAAGAGAGAGAAAUCAACUCAGAAUCUAAUAUCACCUCUGUAAGUUCUGUCAGAGGGGCAGAAUUUGGGAUUGCCAAUCAUACAGGUGGUCAUAUAAUCAUUCCCCAAGCCAUCCCUCCUCCAAACUUUAACAAGUUCAUGGGACCGCCCGAUACUGUACUUCCAUCAGCUUCCUCGUUAUUGAAGCAUGGAAUCACAUCUACAUACAAGAAUCGAAUCUCGAUUCUCAACUUAACAAACCCUGAACCCAACGAGGAGGAGAGGGAGGCUGCACAAGUGGUGAACUUGCCACAACAGAUAGAUUCCACCAUUCCACCUCCUGUUCUUCCAGUGCACUAUGUAAAUGUGGAAACAGUGUCAGAUGGAGAAUCGGACGAGGAAGUUAAGAGGUACACAAGACGAGGAAGGGCCAAGCAUAAGGAUAGCGCAUUGAAGAAUAAUUUGAAGAAUACCCUGACCACAUCCGAUGGUAUAUCUCAUCAUGUGGUUCGUAUUGACCCCUCCGACGACGAAGAUUCAGAUAAUGAGAUGGAUGCAAAUGAAGAGGAGGGAAAUUCAACUUUUCGUUCCAUGACCAAGGGGGGGGAAAGUUCAACAGCUUCGGAAAGACGUCAAAGAAAAGAGCAGAGGAGGACAGAGCGAAGACUCAGAAGGGUGGAGGUUCUUUACGAGAACUACUGGGACUCUGCCCGUCAAAUGAGAAUCGCCGGUGGUCAAGAGAGUAAUGAAAAACCGAUCCAUGAAACGAACGGUAUAUUCGUAACUGAAUCAGAAUCUGAACGAGAAACUUUAGCCAACCAAACUGUUGUCACCAUUCAGUCCAUAGAAGAAAAUUUGGAACAAGAAAGAAGAAGAGACGAUCCAUCCUCCCCUCAGGUACAGCAAUCAUCGGUUAUACUACCGGGAUUCCUGCAGCUGAACGGAGCAGAGAAAGGAGGAGAGGAUUAUAUGAUAGAUAGUGAUGAUACCAUGUAUAGUGAUUUAGGUAGUACUGAAUCAGAGGAUAAUAGAACUUUUACCAGAGUGCUCAGAUCAGGUAAAAUCAUAGAUACUUAA